UACGGAACUCUUCCAAUGGAAGUUUCACGGAGACCUCUUUAUAGGGAUGCAAUACUAAAGAAAAAAACUGUCAAACUUCUUUGUGCAGAAAAUUUGCAUUUUCACGUGUGUUUCACCUUGAGCUGAGGUAGUUUGGAGGAAAUUUCGUUGCCAAGAAAUACGUGGACAAUGCCAAGGAGUGCAUCCGUGUAAUGGGAAAGGAACUUCAUGCAAACGACGCAAUGAGUGCGAUUAUGGAGCCAAUGGACUUCACGUCAUCCUCCUCACCAGUGGAGAUGUGUGACCUGAAGGAUGCAAUGGAGUCCGAGUUGAAGCACGAUGAGCCACCAAUGAGCUCAAUUUCAAUGCAAGCUGAUGUGGAUGUGCACAAAAGUACGAAGAAGCACCAGAGUUUUCUGCUUCUAGACGACCAGGAGCGUCUCAGUGUCCCCUCAGCGGAGGCCUUUGCGAAGCACUUGAAGUGCCCCCGAAACACGAAUAUAAAGGUUGUGUCGAUUUUUGGGAAUACAGGCGAUGGGAAGUCUCACACGAUGAAUCAUACCUUCUUCGGGGGUGCGGAUGUGUUUAAGACAUCUCCGGAGCAGAGUUCGUGCACAAUGGGUGUGUGGGCAGCACUUCAGGCAGAUCUGGGGAUACUCUGCUUGGACACGGAGGGUAUGUUGGGGAUUAAAGUUGAGGAGCACCAACGCACACGAAUGCUGCUCAAAGUUCUCGCCAUAUCGGACAUUGUGAUCUACAGGACGCGUUCGGAGCGUCUGCACAAUGAUAUGUUUAGAUUCCUCGGGAAUGCCUCACACGCAUUUACGCGUCACUUCUCCGAAGCUCUGCAGGCACUCAAUCUCCCGGGGCCACCAUCCUCCCUCGGGCCUGCCAUUAUAAUCUUCCACGAGACGUGCAAUACAAUCCCCCUGAGGGCGACCGUGGACACAAGUCCUGAAGAUAUUCUGAGGCAGACUUUUGGGCAACUCAGCAUGACCCUGGAUGCCUUCAGUUCGCUCAAAUACGUUGGCAUUCAAACAACUAAACCCCCCACAAGCUACGAUUCCCUCAGGACGGCGGUUAAUUUUGAGGUGAACAACACAACGGUGCGCUCAGCAAGGCAACCGAGUGUUGUCUACCAAGCCCUCCAUGCGCUGAAUGCCAAAUUUUCCGGCACAAUCAAUGAGAAACCCAUCAAUCCCUUCCUGGAGCAGUAUUUUGCAUGCACCGCCCAAUGUGGCUCAUGCGAGCAGCGCUGUGAACGAUCCAUGGGGCACACGAGUGACCACAAGACGUCCAAUCGGUGCCAGUACCAACAUCAAUUUGCCAAUAAAGUCUUUCUCUGCCGACAGUGCCUCAAUAAUGGACGAGAGGUUAUUGUUAACAUAACGACGCAAUCACAAACGGAAUCUUCAUGGUUGGGCUUGGCAAAGUACGCUUGGAGUGGAUCUGUGAUUGAGUGCAGGAAUUGUGGGGAGAUCUAUCGCUCGCGGCAGUAUUGGUACGGCAACAAAUCCCCCGAAGAUUACGCCGUCAAGUCUGAGAUUGUUCACGUGUGGCAGGGCAGUGAGCACGGUAUGCAGAAUCAGACGUAUUCAGCACAAAUGCUACUAGAUGGGGUCUCCUAUCUCGCGGAGACUGUUUCCAAUCUCAGUGCACAGCCAUCGAAAGCCAUCACAGACUGGGCAACGGAUAAAAUUGCACCAGACUAUUGGGUUCCAAAUGCUCAAAUUAUUCACUGCCACAAUUGCAAUGAAAACUUCGAAAUGUCCAAAUUGCCAAAGCAUCACUGUCGCCGUUGCGGAAAGGGUUUCUGCAGUGCGUGCUCAAACUACGAGAUGCCCGUACCGGAACGUGGAUGGACAGAACCGGUGCGGGUGUGCAAAUCAUGCAAGGAUGAGCUUGUUAAAUUGGAGAAAGCAGAAACUAAUCAAAGAGAAUCUUCACCUGUUGUAGGCGGAUACUGUGGGCCUAUUAAUGAUGCAAACAUACGUGCCAGACGUGUGGGUGAGGCCGUAAUCAGUACCUUGUCAUCUGUUGCAUCCGUUCUGGAGUAUCCCAAAGACUUUAUAAAGGAUUCCGCUCGACCAUCGUACUGGGUGUCGGAUGCGGAGGCAAAAAGCUGUGCAAUAUGUAACAUGGUCUUUGGCUCCAUUGAGAAGCUCUCACUGAGUGGCGGCAGCAAUGAAUCCGGUGGCAGCAGUAGCAGCAGCCCGGCACGCAGUGCAGCACUACUCGAUCGCGAUCGUAGGCGCCAUCAUUGUCGCUCCUGCGGCUCUGGCGUGUGCAACAAUUGCUCCCGCGGACGGCGUCCAGUGCCCAAUCGUGGGUGGACUGGUGAUGUCCGGGUGUGCAAUAAUUGCAUCAAUUUGGCAGACUGAAUCGUGGCGCCCCCGUCUUCUAUGCAUACUCGUCUGUGUGAUCGAAAAUCUGAGAAAUGGUUCUAUUUUUUUCAAUAUUAUUAUUUUGGGCUAUUCCGGAAAGUAGAUUUUAACGAAUGCUUUGCGCGUGAGCUUUUCUUUAAAUUCUUUCCAUUCCAAAAAAAGGGACACGAAAAUAUCAUUUUAUCAUUUUUUUAAUAUUUUUCUUUCAACUUUUUUUUUCUCUAAACAAAUUAAAACAAAAAUAGUUUAUAAGACAUGCCAAUGUUUUAGUGACGGGCAUAACGUAGCGUGUAAUAAAGAAGUUGCGUUAAAUUUUUAAAGAAA